UUUGUUGUUAACCUACCUGGCAAUCUAUAGAUGUUUGUCAUUUCAAAGAACCAGCUUUUGGUUCAUUGAUCCUUUGAAUGGAGUUAUGGGUCUCAGCUUUAUUCAGUUCUGAUUUUAAUUUAGUUAUUUCUUCUAUUAGCUUUGGGGUUAGUUCUCAUUUUUUCUAGUUCCUCUAAGGAUGAUGGGGUGAUGUUAGAUUAAUUUGAGAUCUUUCUAACUUCUUGAUGUAGAUGUUUAGUACUAUGAAUGUUCUUCUUAACACAGCUUUUGGUGCAUCCCAGAGAUUUUGUUACGUUGUGUUUCUGUUUUCCUUUAUUUCAAAAAAAAAUUAUUUCUGCCUUAAUUUUGUUCUUCACCCCAAAGUCUUUCAGGAGGAAGUUGUCUAAUUUCUAUGUAUUUAUAUGUUUUGAGAGAUCUUAGUGCUGAUUUUUAUUUUUAUUCUACUGUGGUCCAAAAGUAUGGUUGAUAUGAUUUUGAUUUUUUUGCAUUUUAUAGAUACUUGCCUUUAUGAUUAGAGCAUAUGAUCCAUCAUAUAGUAUGUCCUGUGUACAGAUGAGAAUAAUGCAUAUUCUGUGGUUGAUGAAUGGGGCAUUCUGUAAAUGUCUAUUAGGUCCAAUUGGUCAAGUGUCAAGUUUAAGUCCAGAAUUUCUUUGUUGUCUGUUUAAAUGAUCUAAUUCUGUCAGUAAGGUGUUGAAGUUUCCCGCUAUUAUUGUGUGACUGUCUAAGCCUUUUUGUGGGUCUAGAAGUACUACUUUUAUAAAUCACAGUGCUCCAAUAUUGGGUGUGUAUAUAUUUAGGAUAAUUAAGUCUUCUUGUAGUAUUGAAUCGUUUAUCAUUGGGUAGUGCCUUUCUUUGUCCUUUUUUACCACUGUUGGUUUAAAGUCUGUUUUAUCUAAUAGCAAGCCCUGUCCUUUUUAUUUUUCUGUUUGUGUGAUAGAUCUUUCUCCAACUCUUUACUUUGAGCUAUGGGCAGUGUUAUUUGUGAGAUAGUUCUCUUAAAGACAGCAGAUGGAUGGAUUUUUUUUUUUUUUUUUUUUAAUCUGGGCUUGACCAUCUUCGCCUGUUAAGUGGGUCAUUAAAACUGUUCACAUUCUAUGUUCUGGGCGACGGACUUUGCAUCCCAGAACCAUGGCCCAAUUUGUCCGUAACCUUGUGGAGAAGACCCCGGCUCUGGUGAACGCUGCUGUGACUUACUCGAAGCCUCGAUUGGCCACAUUUUGGUACUAUGCCAAGGUUGAGCUGGUUCCUCCCACCCCUGCUGAGAUUCCUAGAGCUAUUCAGAGCCUGAAAAACAUAGUCAAUAGUGCUCAGACUGGUAGCUUCAAACAGCUCACAGUUAAGGAAGCUGUGCUGAAUGGUUUGGUGGCCACUGAGGUGUUGAUGUGGUUUUAUGUUGGAGAGAUCAUAGGCAAGCAUGGCAUCAUCGGCUAUGAUGUUUGAAGACCAAUCUUUAACAUCUAGUCAUAUUUGAUUUAUUAUUUGAGUGUUGUUGGACCAUGUGUGAUCAGACUGCUAUCUGAAUAAAAUAAGAUUUGUCAAAAAAAA